CCCUUGGCUGGAACUGAACCAGGGACACUUCAGUCUUCAGGCUGACACUCUAACCACUGAGCCAAACCGCCUAGGGCCCUUCUGUUAAUUUUUGAUUAGAGGUUAGGCAAUCAAGUACCUAGGUCACACAAUUUAUAAGGGGGAACUCACAGCUGGGUUCAAAUGAGUUGCUUGAACAAAUGUGAGAGUGCCUCCUUAAAUUUUGUUUUGGGUUCCACACCAGCCUCGUUGCUACUGUCCACUCGGCAUUGACUGACUCUCCCAUUCUCUUCUCACUCUGGGUGGCCGGCCAGUAAUCUGCUAUGUUGCUGUGGGCCCUACUCAGCACCCAGGUCUGGGGCCUUGGCUCUGGCCUCCUCAUUCUAGUCUUCCUGCUUAGACUAAGUGCGCGGCUCUGGUAUAAGUCGCAGCUUUGGGACCUCCAGCACUGCUCCACAGAUCUGACUGGGAAGACUGCAGUGGUGACUGGGGCCAACAGUGGCAUUGGGAAGAUUGUGUCCCAGGAGCUGGCCCGCCGUGGGGCCCGUGUGAUCCUUGCUUGCCGUAGCCAUGAGCGUGGACAGCGAGCCCUGGCUGAGAUCCAAGCAGCCUCAAAGGACGCCUGCCUUCUGCUUGGUGAGGUAGACCUGAGCUCUAUGGCCUCCAUCCGGAGUUUUGCCGGGUGGCUUCUGCAGAAGUGUCCUGAGAUACAUCUGCUGGUUAACAAUGCUGCAGUCUGUGGAAUCCCAAAGACACUAACCCCUGAGGGCCUUGAUUUCACCUUUGCCACCAAUUAUGUCGGACCCUUUCUGCUCACAAAUCUACUGCAAGGAGCACUACAACGGGCAGGGUCGGCCCGAGUGGUAAAUGUGUCUUCCUCUUGGCAAACACAUGGGUACUUUGAUGAGGAACAUCUGACAGGGGCUGGUGGACCUUUGACCUUCAACCAGAACUAUUUCUGCAGCAAACUGCUUUUGACCUCAAUCACUGGGGAAUUUGCCCGGAGACUUCAAGGGACAGGCGUGACUGUGAACUCUGUGGACCCAGGUGUUGUAUACACGGAGAUCAUGAAGCACUUAUCUUGGUUAUACCGCUUACUCUUUUGGCUCUCCAGCUUCUUCAUUAAGGAUCCUGCACAAGGUGCAAACCCAGUUCUCUACCUGAGCUUGGCAGAGGAGCUGGAUGGCAUUUCUGGAAAAUAUUUUAGCAGUUCCUGUGUGAUAACUUCUCCCCCUAAAGAUGCUCAGGAUCCUCAUGUGGCACAGAACCUCUGGAAUGCCUCAGUCAAACUAACAAACCUAGACAAGAUGGACUGAUCCUCUGUGACCUAGAUCUUAGAGUUCUUAAACAUUAAUCAUUUCCUUUGAAUUUAUAUGUUUUUGUAACCCAGUAUUUUAAUUAUAUUGUUAUUUCAUUCAUCUUGCAAAUCAGAGAUAUAUUGUUAUUACUUAUAUAGUUGAGAUUUGUGUAGCUUUACCCAUAUGUUUAAUAUUUUCUCUGCUUGUUCAUCUUUCUUGUGUCUCAGGUCUUCCUUCUGGGGUUAUUUUCCUUCUAUCCAAAGUAUAUCCUUUCGAAGUUCCUUUAAUGAGGAUUUGUAGUAGACAGAAUUCUACCACAAGAUUUAUACCUUCUUGUGUACACAUUUUGUGUAAUCUUCUCCCCUGGAGUAUGAGCAGAGCUAGUGAAUAUGAUGAAAUUUCAUGCCUGUGAUUAUGUUACAUACCUGGAAAAUGGGAUUUCGAUGAUGUAAUUAAGGUUUGUAAUCAGUAGGCUU